CGAUGUAGAUAGUGUUCUGCUACAAUACUGUGCAAAGAAUUACCAGCAAAAUAUUAUGAUAAACUGCAUAAAAUGGGACAUUGAAAAGUGUUUAUUGACACAAACCAACAUAAUCUAGCAACCAAGGAUGUCAGUAAACCGCUGUAUGCUGUUGUUCUCACGAGUACAGCACAGAAUAUGCGCCAUAUCUGUACGAAACAAAAACGCUCUGGUGGACGGUCGUUGUGGAAACGUUGGAUCUAUAACGUUAUUGAAAGACCCCUUGCCUGGUCCUGUGACCUCCAGACGAGGUGUUUAUUCGAACAGUUCGUCACGAUCACCAGACACCUCAUUAUUUGUGCCUCUCAGCAUCAAGAGUGAUGUCGGUGGUGACUGGGCUGUGGGAGCUGAGCUCACGCAACCUUUGGACAAAAGUACUGUACUUUUAACAUCCAUAUUGUUGUGCUAACUGUUAAUGUUGUUGAUUGCCAAUUAGACAGAUUAGCUGUCAAUGGGGAGAUGUUAGUAUAACUGAAACUGACUUCCACUGAACUGUUGAUCAUAGCCUGUCGAUGACAGCUAGCUUGCCAGAAGACACCAAUGAAAUUAUUUAUAAACCCUGGAUUGCUGACGCUAUGUAUUGGCGAACGAGAGGCUUUGAAGCCACCGGUCGGCCAUAUUGGCACUCCCCAGUAGGAGCAGUCCACCAUAGGAAUGAAUGGAAUUCUACAGUAUUUCAAUUAAAUGUUUCAAGGCCAACAUUACAUGUAUUUAUGUUUUUGUUGUAGUUGGGACAGUAACAUUAGUACAAAAAAUAUAUAUAUACCUAAGGAAAAUAUGUAUUUUUUUAUUUUAUGUUUAGUUCACAUAAUAUAAUUUAAAAGUAUGCAUUAAGGUGUCUGUAAUAUAGUAAACGUGUCAAACACAAAUAUUUUUUAAAUUGAGGAGUGCCAAGAUGGCUGCGCAGUUAUACACAUUGGAUGAUCAUGUACCAUUAUGCUUGUUUACACUAAGCUGUACUGAGGUCGGAACGCAAUCAUGGUUACAUUAAGACACCGUGGAUAAAGGUACAAUUUGGAGUUCAGUGGCAUAUCCCAUCCCUGCAUUGAGGUAUGUUCUCCAACCCAUAUCUUGCGCCGGCUCCACACUGUCUUAAUGUAACCUAGCCCUUGAACAUGACUCAGUUCCAUUACACAUAAGUAAUUAGACGAAGUAGUUGUGACGCUCGGUCUGAGUGUCGGUACGGUUUUGGAAGCGUAAGGACAUUAUCUUCCAUAAAAGGUUAAAUUGAGUCACACCUUUAUAGAGUUCAGGUUUUACAUACGGCCAUAUUUCCAUGUUACAGCGCUUGUUUAUGGAAAACAGAUGGAAGACAGAGUGGACUACCUGUACUAAUUAGUUAUCUGCAUCGCUGAACACCUGUGUGUUAACAAAAGACUGACACCACAUUGUCACUGAAAACAGGGAAGAUCUGAUAAAGGAUGGUAUUAAUCAAAUAAAAUACAAAAUUAUAGGGAGAAUCAACUAAAGGUAUUAACCCUCCACAUCUCUCAAGCCAGCUGCUCUUAAAUAUCCCCUGUGCCAGCAAAGGUGAAACGCCUUCUGACUAACGAGAUGACAAGCCAGCACAGGUGUAACACAUACUGACUAACGAGGUGACACCAAUCAGUGCGCCCAGCGUGCUAACGUCCAACCUCGAAAUAUAAAUGGGAAAACCAAAGCCUGUAACAUUGUGAAAUGAAAGUAGAGGGAUUUAUGUUUCUAGAACCGUACUGCAAUUGAGAAUCGAUUCACGUUUGGAUGGAGUAUUUGUCUAUUUCCUGUCAAUAUAUAUUUUGUUAACAUGUUUGCUGGGACUCGCUUCCUAAAAUGUUCAUAGCUUCAGGAAUAGGCCUACUGCAUGGCAAUUUUAUCAGACAUGUGGUUUCUCCUAACAGGUGAACUUCUAAAAAUGCUGAAUAAGUUCUACAAGAGGAAAGAGAUGCAAAAAAUAGCUGCGGAUCAAGGUCUCGAUGGUGAGAACAACAAUCAUUUUCAACUAGUUGGCCUACCGGUCGGGUACCCUCAUCAAAUAUAACCAGCCUCAUGGUCGUACCAAAACGUUAAUCUCUGUGUUGUUGUUAGCUCGUCUCUUUCACCAAGCCUUCAUCAGUUUUCGGAAGUAUGUGCUGGAAAUCUCUACGCUUAGCGCAGAUCUUCAUAUCAUCCUCAAUGAUAUAUGCUGUGGAGCAGGUGAGUUCAACACUCUGCUUAUCAUGUAAUGAAUCGGGUGAUUGAGCGCAACUGCGAGUUGGAACUGAAUUCCAAGCCCUCACACCUUGUCAACUGAUGACUGUUUUUGCUUGUGUUCACCAGGCCAUAUAGAUGACCUUUAUCCUUAUUUCAUGAGACAUGCCAAGCAGAUUUUCCCCAUGCUGGACUGCAUGGAGGAUCUACGCAAAAUCAGUGAUCUGCGUGUACCAGCUAAUUGGUAAGUAUCUCACUUCAGGUGAGCUCAACAUUACAAUGAACAUUUUGAAAAUGCUCUUCCAUUCAUUGUAUCCAUUUCAAAUGGUUUUUGUUGUUUUUAUUGUCACAUACAUUGGGAUAGGUGCAUUGAAAUGUGGUGUUUUACAGGGUCAGCCAUAGUAAUGGGGUGCCCCUGGGGCAAAUUAGGGUUAAGUGCCUUGCUCAAGGGCACAUCGACAUAUUUUUCACUUUGUCAGCCGCGCAUUCAAACCAGCGACCUUUCGGUUACUGGCCCAACGCUCAACGUAAUUAUACAUACAGCACUGUGUUCACACAAUACGCCACACGUGUUUUUCAGCCCUGCACCUGAAUGUUUCCCAGGUACCCUGAUGCUAGAGCUAUCCAGAGGAAGGUGAUAUUCCAUGCCGGCCCGACCAACAGUGGAAAGACCCAUCAUGCAAUUCAGAGAUACCUGGCUGCCAAGUCUGGUGUCUACUGUGGACCGCUGAAGCUGUUAGCCCACGAGAUCUUUGAAAAGAGCAACACUGCUGUCAGUAUGACCCAUCUUUCACUAGUAAACCUCCAUAGAGAGAUGUCAUUUAGAAGGCUUUUUUUGUAGCUAAUACCUUGAAACAAUUUAAGCAAAAUUAGUUUAUCUAAUCGGAAGUGUUUCUUACCAAUCAUUUCCAAAAUGUUUAAUUAAAUUCUUGGCGCACUAUGUCGAAGGAAGACGUUAAAUCAACGUUUCUUUCUCCCCAGGGCGUGCCGUGUGAUUUGGUAACAGGAGAAGAGAGAACAUUUGUGGAUGCGGAGGGGAGACAAGCUGAGCAUGUGGCCUGUACUAUCGAGAUGUGCAGUGUCACAACUCCAUGUCAGUGUCUUCUCUUACCUCUCAACUUAAUAAACAUAUUUCAUGUACAUGAGGUUCUUUUAUCACUUCCAUUUAAGUAUUGAUAUUAGUUGACAUUCGUUAUCACCAGCUGUGUUGACUAACACGUGAAACGUGUCUUCUGUCCAGAUGAAGUAGCGGUCAUUGAUGAGAUCCAGAUGAUCAGAGACAUAUCGCGGGGAUGGGCCUGGACCAGGGCUCUUCUCGGUCAGUAACUUCACUGUGACAGUUGGGACAAACAACAGACCAUUGUAAUAUCGCAAAAUCUGAAUAUUGUUACGGUAUAUAAAUUACCAGCUAUUUACUAAGUCAAUAACGAUAUGGUAAAAUGAUAAUUUCACAGUAAUAACUAUGGAUUAUUUGUUUUUCUCUGUCUGGGAAUAGGUUUGUGUGCUGAGGAGAUCCAUGUGUGCGGAGAGCCUGCUGCGAUUAACUUUGUCACAGAGCUCAUGUACACAACAGGGGAGGAGGUGGAGGUGAGUCUGGCCAGUCUACUGAACAUUAGUGUGUUUGGCUUCUAAUGAGACUGUCAGUUAUUUGGGGUAGAGGCCUGAUUGUCAUUAAUAUGAUUCUGCUGAAUAUCAAUAGCUCAUGUAGGGCUGUGGCGGUCACGAAAUUUCGUCAGCCGGUGAUUGUCAAGCAAAUAGCUGUCGGUCUCACGGUAAUUGACCGUUAAUUAACAUAAACACAUUUAGCAUCUACAAGCCAUUUUUAAGUCUAAUAAAUCCAUGUAAUAUAGCCUACACUUUCACAAUAAAUCCAUUAUUUAUUUUAGACGGGUCUAAAGAGGCUUGAUAUGAAGAAAAUGUAGUCUAUUUCAGAACAGAAUAGCAUACUCUGAGUUGUCCUUAUGUUAGUUCCUGAUGUGGCUAUGCCAAAUGGCUGUGGGCUGCACUAGUUCAUCUAGCAGACAAGAUUAGCUUAUCAUUCCGUGGCAUUAUUUUAUAGUAUGAAGAAUACAAUUGAACAAAGCUGAAUAAAAUACAAAUAUAUUCUCCAAACGAUUUGAGGGAGUGCGCACAUGCAGCUAUUCUGUGUUGAGUGGUUAACAAAGAAACAGGUAAUCCUAUAUGCUUAAUUUAGAGUUAUUAAUGUAACUUUAGUUGUUCUACAAACGUUGGGCUUUGUUUUGAUUUUUAAUACAUUGUAAGGCUGCAUGAUUCAACUCUAAUGAUGAUUUGAAAAAAGUGGCUUGAAAGGCAUGAGCUCUGCUUAGUUUUUUGCGCAGGCUGUACCCACUUCAUCAGUCUCUCAUUCACAAUUUGACAAGCACUUGAUAAUGCCUCGAAUUUCACGGCGGUAUCCCCUUUGUGGGCGUAAUGCACCCUAAAGAAAUCCAUGCCUUUUGCGGCCUGGAGUGCAGUGUUGUGCCCUUCUCCCUGAGUGUGCUGUGCAAUCCGACGCGUCUCUCACUCACACGGCUCUCCGUCACGUGAUCGGGUAUUUCUCACAUGCUACAAGUUAAGACACACCGGGGACACAACUGCGUGCGUCCUUAUCCAAUUCCGAGGUGCAUAUUGAAGAUAUUGUUAGAACUGUCCACAUUUACUUUUCAUCAGCCAGCAAGAUGAGUAGGCCUAACGAACACCAAAAGCACUAGCCUAUGUCAAUCUACUAUCCCCCAUAGUACAAAAGUUGACCUAUUCUGUGCGAGAAAUAAAUAUUCCAAAUAUAGUCUGGGACAGUUGUGGGAUGCGAUAGAGCCCAAAUUAAUACAGCCACUAGCAUCAAAACGUUUUUUACGCAAUGUGGCUGACGCAACAGAUCAGAACGUUUAGCUUAAAAUGUUGAUAAACUAUUAGGCUAUUUCUUCACAUUAUAAGCACAGCAAUGCGCAUAUGGUAUUAGGCUAUAAGCGUGAAUGCCCAUUCGUGGAAAACACCGUUAUCAAAAGUGACCACACAUGCAAUUAUGCAUGUAAUGCUUUUAUUACAAAGGUGCAUUUGUAUGGUUACAAUUAUCUUCCCCAAACUUGAAAUUCACACACUGCUUAUAUAUGCCAGUUAGUCUCUACACCCCUUGUAAAGCAGAUUAAUGUGCUUAAUUUUAAGAAUUUAUUUGGCCACUUUAGUUGUGAUACAAACCUUAUUAAAACAUAUAGGCCUAUGGGCUAGGCUACAUGAGGUGUGCGACUAUGAUUUGAACAAGUCGCAAAAAAAAGGCAUUGUUUCUUAAGCUGGGCAUCAUUCACAACUGAUAAUAUAUAAUUCACAGGUGAUAGGCUAAUAUUGUCACCCAUCAGACUUCUUGAUUUACUCUUGUCUUUACAUAUGCUAAAUAAUAUGUGUGAAAUUUGUUUUGAUUUAGAAUGGACAAUUAUCAUGCACCUGUAUCGAAACGGGCAGCGGAAAAAAUACAUUUGCAUUGACGUCGGAGUGAUUAGAGGGACAAUAGAGUGCUGAGUACCAGGCAGUUAGCAAGUUUGGUAGGCUACUAAUGACCAUCAGCAGCAUCAGAGCUUGGAGAACCCUAAUUAUCAUGACUAAACGGUCACAUGGAAUUUGACUGCCGUCAUGACUCUUGACUGGCGGUAAUACGGUCACCGCAACAGUCCAAGUCUCAUGUUAAAAUUAAUAAAUAAUCCUACGAGAAUUAAAAACUCAGGCUUCUAGUGUCUUACAGUUGACCUAUUCUACUGGCAGGUUCGUAACUACAAGAGGCUCACUCCGCUCUCAAUCCUGGACCGUGCUGUGGAGUCUCUGGAUAACCUGAGACCAGGUGACUGCAUCGUCUGCUUCAGCAAAAACGAUAUUUACUCCAUCAGUAGGCAGAUCGAGAUCCGAGGCCUGGAGUGCGCAGUCAUUUACGGAAGCCUUCCACCAGGUAAGGCUUUCCUCUGUUCGAAGAUGUCCACAGAGCACAGUGAUUGAGGUGAUGGAGAGGUAGAAGUGUGAAACAUUUUAAAUACGAAAAUUCAACUUGUUCAGGUGCUGGACGGAAAAACAAAAUAACUGAUAUACAGUGGGGGGGGGGGGGGGGGGGGGGGGGGGGGGAGUGGAGUAUUUAGUCAGCCACCAAUUGUGCAAGUUCUCCCACUUAAAAAGAUGAGGCCUGUAAUUUUCAUCAUAGGUACACGUCAACUAUGACAGACAAAAUGAGAAAAAAAAAUCCAGAAAAUCACAUUGUAUGAUUUUUAAUGAAUUUAUUUGCAAAUUAUGGUGGAAAAUAAAUAUUUGGUCAAUAACAAAAGUUUCUCAAUACUUUGUUAUAUACCCUUUGUUGGCAAUGACACAGGUCAAAUGUUUUCUGUAAGUCAUCGCAAGGUUUUCACACACUGUUGCUGGUAUUUUGGCCCAUUCCUCCAUGCAGAUCUCCUCUAGAGCAGUGAUGUUUUGGGGCUGUCGCUGGGCAACACGGACUUUCAACUCCCUCCAAAGAUUUUCUAUGGGGUUGAGAUCUGAAAACUGGCUAGGCCACUCCAGGACCUUGAAAUGCUUCUUACGAAGCCACUCCUUCGUUGCCCGGGCGGUGUGUUUGGGCUCAUUGUCAUGCUGAAAGACCCAGCCACGUUUCAACUUCAAUGCCCUUGCUGAUGGAAGGAGGUUUUCACUCAAUCUCACGAUACAUGGCCCCAUUCAUACUUUCCUUUACACGGAUCAGUCGUCCUGGUCCCUUUGCAGAAAAACAGCCCCAAAGCAUGUUUCCACCCCCAUGCUUCACAGUAGGUAUGGUGUUCUUUGGAUGCAACUCAGCAUUCUUUGUCCUCCAAACACGACGAGUUGAGUUUUUACCAAAAAGUUCUAUUUUGGUUUCAUCUGACCAUAUGACAUUCUCCCAAUCCUCUUCUGGAUCAUCCAAAUGCAAUCUUCAGACGGGCCUGGACAUGUACUGGCUUAAGCAGGGGGACACGUCUGGCACUGCAGGAUUUGAGUCCCUGGCGGUGUAGUGUGUUACUGAUGGUAGGCUUUGUUACUUUGGUCCCAGCUCUCUGCAGGUCAUUCACUAGGUCCCCCCGUGUGGUUCUGGAAUUUUUGCUCACCGUUCUUGUGAUCAUUUUGACCCCACGGGGUGAGAUCUUGCGUGGAUCCUCAGAUCGAGGGAGAUUCAGUGGUCUUGUAUGUCUUCCAUUUCCUAAUAAUUGCUCCCACAGUUGAUUUCUUUAAACCAAGCUGCUUACCUAUUGCAGAUUCAGUCUUCCCAGCCUGGUGCAGGUCUACAAUUUUGUUUCUGGUGUCCUUUGACAGCUCUUUGGUCUUGGCCAUAGUGGAGUUUGGAGUGUGACUGUUUGAGGUUGUGGACAGGUGUCUUUUUAUACUGAUAACAAGUUCAAACAGGUGCCAUUAAUACAGGUAACGAGUGGAGGACAGAGGAGCCUCUUAAAGAAGAAGUUACAGGUCUGUGAGAGCCAAAAAUCUUGCUUAUUUGUAGGUGACCAAAUACUUAUUUUCUACCAUAAUGUGCAAAUAAAUUCAUUACAAAUCCAACAAUGGGAUUUUCUGGAUUUUUUUUUCUUAUUUUGUCUGUCAUAGUUGACGUGUACCUGUGAUGAAAAUUACAGGCCUCUCAUCUUUUUAAGUGGGAGAACUUGCACAAUUGGUGGCUGACUAAAUACUUUUUUUCCCCACUGUACAUCCCGCUGUGACAUUACUCAAUCCUUGAGGUAAAAUAGUGUGCGUCAUUAAAGCACUGUGAAUUAUCUGGUCAACAGGCACCAAGCUAUCUCAAGCAAAGAAGUUCAAUGACCCAGAGGACCCAUGUAAGAUCCUGGUUGCAACGGAUGCCAUAGGGAUGGGACUAAACCUGUGAGUUGAGCAUUGAAACUGAUCUUGUUAGCUUGUUUUAAUUGACCUCUGACAAUCAUAUUACGUUUGAAGUACAUUGUUCUACACAUUGUCAUAACUUCUAAACAGAAAAAAAAAAAACAUUUCUUGCAUGAUUAGUUGAUAUCAGUUUGCUGCAGAGUUGUUGUUACAAUGCAGGAAAUGUAAAACUUGUAUUCAAGGUUUAAAAGGCUUCUGACAUUUGUGAUUUCCACUUAGAAAUGUCACAAUUGAUUUUCCCUUACGAAAACAUUUAUCAACCCCUAUAAAAAUGUCCAUUAAUUAUAGUCCACAUAAUGAUUCACAUUUCCUGUUGCUGCAGGAUUAUUUUUCUGCUCUAGCAAACUGGCUCAAAUUAAGAUCCUACACCUGUAUAAGCUCUCUGUCUACCAUGCCCCUCCCACAUAAGGAGUAUCAAGAGAAUCAUCUUCAACUCCCUGGUGAAACCCAACAUCAACGAGAAGGGUGAGAAGGAGAUGGACACCAUCUCCACGUCUCAGGCUCUCCAGAUCGCCGGGCGGGCCGGACGGUUCAGCUCCAUCUUCAAAGAGGGCGAGGUCACCACCAUGCACCGCGACGACUUGCCUAUCCUCAAGGAGAUACUCAGCAGGAGUGUCCACGCCAUCGAGGUGAGGAAUAUGGACCGUUUCUGACCUUUUGAUCUCCUGUUUUUCGGACUAUUUAAUGACCUAAUCUUAAUUUCCGACUCCUAGAUAGCUGGGCUGCACCCCACAGCAGAGCAGAUUGAGAUGUUUGCCUACCACUUACCUGAUGCCACCUUGUCCAAUCUGAUAGUAAGUAUCUUUACUUCACUACAAUUUACUCUGUAACGAGAAUUAAGAUUUACUGUUCAAUUCAGAUUAGUAUAGAAUGAUUUGUGUUCAUUUAAAAGUCACGUUUUCCUUUCUAUCCCCAGGAUAUAUUUGUGAGCCUCUCACAAGUUGAUGGUAUGUACUUUGUGUGCAACAUUGAUGACUUCAAGUUCCUGGCUGACAUGAUCCAGCACAUUCCCCUCAACCUGCGCUCUCGAUAUGUGUUCUGCACUGCACCCAUCAACAAGAAGCAGCCCUUUGUGUGUACCUCCUUCCUAAAGGUAGGAGCAGAGACAUGGUUACAGUGGAUUCCCCAUUCCAUUAGCAACACUGGUUAAAACACCUGGGCCUGAAUUCACAAUGAAGGAGUGCUGAUAUACGGUUUCACCUUUUUUAGAUAAUUAUUUAAUUAUAAGAUGAGACGUUGAGGAUUAUAAUAAUACCGCUUUGAUGUCAUACAAGCAAGCAAAUUUGCCGUGGACCACAUCUGAAUGCACUCAUGACUCCACCAAAAUUACAAUCUGCGAAAGCCUAACACUGUAAGAUCAUGUUUUACCAUUAUUUAGUCAUGUUGGCAAUCGAACAAGCUUUCAAAUUAUGUGAUUGUGAUUUUAUAAUGGACUAUUUUGGGUUGCCUAAACAUCAGUAAUUGUGCGAAGGCUUAGAAGCAGGGCUGUUCAAAACAAACAACUACCAGUGAGCUUGCUCUAGUUCCUCAACGGCACAGCUAGGAGAGCUCAAAAAGCACCUUUAUAGAGCUAGACUCUUGUUCGAGUCAUAGUAUAGUGCUUUGAAAUGACUUAGGAACUGUGCACAGUUUGGAGAGGUGUGUGUCCACUUGGAGACACCAGUUAGACCUCGCACUCAAACCAUUGUCAUAAUGUUUUCUUAUGUUGCACCUACCCCAAGUGUUCCAAUAAUAUUCUUAUUAUGUAACUGAAUGUAUCCAGAGUAUUUUCAGAUUUCGUUAUCAACAAAUGCGGCAAAAUACACAUAAAAUCAAUGGUAUAAUGUUUGGAUUCAGUCUUGUGUCAGGUGAACUGCUGUGUCCUCACCUUUUGUGAAAUAAUUUUCCCAUGAUCUCUAAAAAUGUUUUAAUUGCUGCCAUGGUUACAUACAUGUGCUUUCCAUAUUUCUUCUGUAAGAAACAUUUUAAAUGUAGCCCUACAGGCCAAUUCCGAGUGUAAAGGGUUAACAAGAUUGUAUGGACAGGUGGAACCUGAUCCUAGAUCAGCACUCCUACUCUGAGAGGCUUUGUGAAUACUCUGACCUCUGACCUCUGAAUUUGACUGGUUAACACCCUCAUUUCCUGUCAUUCAGUGAUAGGUCCACCGUUUGGAAUAUAGAAUUUGUCACAGGAAGCACACGUCCUUGCAUGAGUCACGCCAUUGAUUCAUAUUCUGGCAUGAUCAGCAUGUUGCCAGUUUGCCUCUGAACUGUCGUGCAGUAACUGUAGCAGCAUUGAUAAGGUUUUGUUGGGCUUUAAGGGACGUGACAUUAGUGGUGUUACGGCAGCAGUAUUGAUAAGAUCUGUGGGUUGGGUGAGUGAAACGUGACUGUGGUCUAAAGGUAAUCCUAUGGUAAUUGGCUCUGGAUGAUGAGACACUGAUUGUUUGUGACGCUCUCUCCGUCUGCAGUUUGCCAGACAGUUCAGCAGAGAUGAACCCCUGACCUUUGACUGGGUGUGUCGGCUCGUCAGCUGGCCCCUGGUCCCACCCAAGAACAUCAAGGACCUGGUGCACCUGGAGGCUGUCCAUGAUGUGCUAGAUCUCUACCUCUGGCUCAGGUGAUCCCAUCUCUCACCACUCUACCUUUACCAAAACCAUUCACCAAUCAAAAUGACCAAGUGUUCUUCUUGUGCUAAAGGUCAUCACAGAAUUGAGUAACACAAUGUGCCUAACGAGGUCAUUGAUUGUCUUUAUUGCAAUUAUUCUCAAUCAGAUAUGAAUAAUACUCUCUUUAUGACUUUGUCUCCAGCUACCGCUUCAUGGACAUGUUCCCGGACGCCAAUCAUGUCCGAGAGAUCCAGCGGGAGCUGGACAGCAUCAUCCAGUUGGGCGUGCGCAACAUCACACGACUCAUCCGAGCCACGGAGACCAGCGCCCCCCCGGGGACGGACACCCUCUCCAAUCAGAGGAGGCCGGGGCCCAGCCCAGUAUCCCCAAGGAGGGUUCGAGGAGCUCCCAAGGCCCAGCACAGUGGAGUAGAGGCUGGGCAGCUGGACCAGUCCCUAGGCUCCCGCCUGGUGCAGGAGGGCUUACUGACUCCCCACCUCCUAAGGCAACUGCAGAAGGAGUGGUCCAAGGAGCACCGUCGAGAGGAAGGAGGAGUAAAACUGCUUGCGGCGACUUUGAAUAAUAAAAUGAAAGGGAAGAAGAGACAGAAGUGA